UACUCCUCAGGUUGGAAGAUGAUGCAGUUUUCUCUGGACAAAAAAGACUUGUACACUUCAAAUUGUCCAACACCAGGGGAUGCUGUUAGCAUAGACAAGUGUGAGUUCACUGUUGCCGGGAGGGAGAACCAACUGUACUGGUGUGAGGACACUAAGAGUCGCAGCAACACAGUCAACAUCACAGCAAGCAAUGGUACCAUCAUCUUAAAGUCUCCUGCCUUUCCUGUAUUUGCAGGCAAUAAAGUGGUCUUGUAUUGUCAGUACAGGAUUGGCAACCACAGUAAUGCCACCUUCUUUAAAAACGGAAGAGAAAUCAUCGCUGAAACUUUUUUUUCCAGUUCAGAUGGAGUAAUAGAGAUGACUAUUGAGAAUGUGACACUGGAAGAUGAAGGCUUAUACAAGUGUGCAUCCCAGGACAGAAAGAUGGAGAGCCCAGAGAGCUGGUUAUCAGUGAGACCUGCCCGAGGCAACUUCACAUCAACAGAUGGGACAGCAGCAUCCACUAUGGGCUCCUGGAAAUGGAUCAUUCUUUUUUGUGGAAUUGUACUUCUGUUCCUCAUCCUUCUAAGUGUUUGGCUAAUUUGUCACUACAGGUACCAGAGGUUUUGCACAAGUAGCUGUCUGGCACUUCCAAUAGAGAAUCUACCGGCAGUGGAGCUUCCUGCGACCAAGCAGGACGUGACAGAAGUGCAGUGGGACCUGUCCUGGAUGGAGAUGUCCAGUCUGUUGGAUAAGCAGUUAUAUCCUGGCACUUAAAGGAUCACUCUCACCUGAAGCAUAUAGAAAAUAAUGAAUGCAGUGAAACCUAUGAGACAGUUCAGCCACUUCAGAUAAUGCAAGUGUCUCUUACAAGUCUUUUUAAAUGUAAAGUCUUGCUUGGAACAUCCACACUGAUUUGUAAAAAUCUAAUGUCUGUCGAGAAAAGUCUGUUGACUGACCAUUGCUUACUUGUUAUUUAACUUUGUAUUAUUAUUUAUAAAUAUACACCGGUGUACACUGUUGUUGGGAUGCUACAAACUCAUGCUGCCUUAACAAGAUACUCUCAAUCCUGAAAAAAAAGAAAUCAUGAAAAUGGUUCAAGUAGCUAUGACUCACCUGUCCCAUUGUUUAGGAAAUGUAUUAAACAUUUAUGAAGUUCACAUUUUAGACAUAUGGUUUUAUGUAUUUGAUUGUACCUAACAGCCACCCUGACAUUUGCCAAAAUGUUUAAAAUCAAUUCUCAGACCUUCAUUAAAUUCUUCAAAGGAUUGAAA